AUGCAAAUCCUAGCUCCACUAGACACGCCCCUUGGCCCCACCUCUACGCCGGCUACUGACUCAAUCUAUCCGUGGUUCUCUAACCUCGAUGUUCCCGGUAAUCUGGACGACGAUGCUCAAUCAUUUGGAUCCGAUAUCCCUUACAAGGACGAAUCCCAGGAGCCAUCGCCAUCAACUGGCCACAUGGCUAUUGGCCACGAAUUACCGCCCAUUUGUAUUAUCCAGCUGCCAGUUGAGGAUCAUCUUUCUUUGUCCAUUCCAUCACGCCAUACCGCAUAG